CCAUUUUUAAUUGAUUCAGUUGCAUUCUCCUUCAGACGGUUCGUCGAAGAAGUUCGUUGAUACUGUCUCAUCUGGAUCCCGCGGGUUCUGAAAGAAUUCAGUAUUCUUAGCCAGAUAUUUCACUUCCUUCAACAAACCGAAUAAAAGGAACAUGGAAAGCAGGGAACAAAUAACCCCAGAGAAUCCUCCACCCUACACACCACAGGCUCCUGUCACAGCUCAACCACCCAACCAACCGCAACUUGGUGUCUCUGCAUUGUCAGGUUACCCAGGACAGCCUGCUAACCCAACACAGCCUGGUUACCCGGCACAGCCCGGCUACCCAGCCCAGCCUGGUUUCCAAGCACAGCCUGGUUACCCAGCACAGUCCGGGCAGCAUCCUCAGCCUGGGUAUUCUCCUCAGUAUGGCUACCCACAAACGCAGCAGCCAGGUUAUCCUCCCCAACCCACUCAACAUGUCCAACAAAGUACCACUGUGGUCAACAUGCAAGCACCUGCUCCGACGAUCAUCAUGCCAAUGGCUCUUCCUCCUCCAAACUGGUUAGGCCUCUCCUUAUUCACAUGCUUUUGCUGCUUCCCGAUUCUUGGAAUAGCUGCUAUUGUUUUCUCCAUCAUGGUGGACAGUUCAUAUGCAGCAAUGGAUUAUGACGGCGCUUGGAGGAAUUCACAAAUCGCCAAGUGGCUGAAUAUCGUCGGUAUCGCCAUGGGAUGCUUUACGGUCAUGCUCGUUAUAAUCUUAACUACGACCGUGUAAAAACAAACAAAAAAAACAAACAAACAAACGAAAACACAAAAAGGUAAAUCUACUGUUUUUGACCAGUGCACAUCAGAGUAAGGUUUUUCGUGUAUUUUUGCUUCAAUAUUUGGUCGACUAAUGACGCCGCUUCUUUAAGUUCAAACAUUUAAAUGAUUUUUACACACCCAUUGUUUGUGGAGGUGUCUAAAUUUAAUUGCAAUUUUAAUAACGUACACACUUGUGGAAGAUAUGUGCAGCACGUAGGGAUAACUUAACAAAAUCCAUUAAAAUUUGAAAACAGGGAUGU